UGUUUAUUUGGGUCUGCAAGCCUUGGUGCAAUUGCCAUCUUUGCUGGUGGUUGUGAUAUACAGGGUGACAUUCUUAGUUUGAGAUCCAUUCCGAGCAUGAUCAAACCGAGGAAGAUGUGAUCAAACCGAGCAAAACUAAGAAUGUUGCCCUGCAUGGCUGCAUAUCACAACCAACAGCAAAGAUAGCAAUUGCACCAAGGCUUGCAGACCCAAAUAAACACCUAGGAUAGUUCAUGCUCAACCCAGACGAAAAAGAGUUUGUUAGUAUACUAUAUUUAUAAAUGACCUGGGACAUUAUGUCUUUCCCAAUGACAGGCAGCUCAGUACCAACAGCCAAGGACUCCUUAUCCGAAAACGUAAAACAAUCGUUAGAAUUAUCCAUCCUAGGCAAUUGCAUCCAUUGACGACUUGCUGGAUAUGAUGGACCUCGUCUGUAGUUUUAUAUGUCAUUCUGAUGGUUCCACAGUAGAAGCACUCUCCACAGAAAAUCGCCAAAGGAUUCAAAUCACGAGAGAAGAAUUGAGCAGAAUUGGGUUACAGGUUCUUGGAGUAGCAAUGAAGGAGCUAGAAAUGAAGAUAGGUGUUGAAGGGAAACUAAUUGGUGAUUCCAAAGAGUCAGAUAUGGUUGGCCUAAUGACAUUCUAUGAUCCACUGAAGGACUCUGCGAAGCUAGCUUUAUGGUGUUUGGCCAAAAAGGGAGUAGAAGAAAAAGUUGUAACCGGUGACUCUUUAUCUCUUGCAUUAAGGAUUUGUGAAGAGGUAGGCAUCAGUACAACUCAUAUAAUCACUGGACCCGAGCUUGAGUUGCUUGACUGGUUGACCCUGGCACUUUCCAUGAAGCCGUCAAAAAAAACAAUUGUACUUGCUCGGUUAACUCCAACUCAGAAGCAACAGAUGGUUCAAGCAUUGCAGAAUGGAGAUCAUGUUGUUGGCUUUUUAGGGGAUGGUAUUAAUGACCCGCUGGCCUUGGAAACUGCUAAUGUGGGGAUAUCUGUUGAUCAUGAGGUUAUUUUUUCAAGGUCUGUUGACUGUUAUCAGCAGAAAAUUAACUUGUAUUGGCACUCAUUAACAACAUAUGAGAAUUUUGUAUGAUAGAAUUAGGA